CAAUUAACACAUUUCCCACCAUCCACCAUCCAUUUUGCCCGGCACCUUCCACCGCCGUCACACCAUGCUCGGAAAAUUUCUCCGCCCGAUUGUCUCAUCUUCCCGCAGUCCCCAUCUCUUUUCAUCACCAUUUCAAUCACUUCUCAACCCCAUUCUUCCAUCCCAUCUCCACCCCCGUUUUCUUUGCUCCCUGUCACCACCAUCAUCCGCUUUUCUUCCUCCUCAAGACUCCGACAACCUCAAUCUCCCAAUCCCAAAAGUUCGAACCCAAACUCCUCUCGAGAAGCAAUUCGAAUCAUGGGUUCAGAAGCUCAAGCCCGGUUUCUCCCCUUCAGACGUCAUCGAGGCUCUACAAGCCCAGUCCGACCCGGAUCUCGCCCUCGACCUUUUCCGGUGGACGGCGCUGCAGCGAGGCUACAAACACAACGACUUAACUUAUCUAACAAUCAUUAAGAUCCUCAUUUCCUGCCGGAGAUACCACCUCGCUCAAACCCUAGUUGAAGAGGUAAUUGCUGGUGCUUGUGAAAUGAGUGUGCCGCUUUACAACUCUGUAAUUAGGUUCUGCUGUGGCCGGAAAACUCGGUUCAAUCGAGCUUUUGAUGUGUACAAGAAAAUGUGGAAAUCUGAUGACUGUAAACCCACGCUUGAAACUUAUGCAAUGCUGUUCAAUUCACUGCUUAGGAGAUUCAAUAAGUUGAAUGUUUCUUAUGUUUAUUUACAUUCGGUUCGUUCGUUAACGAAGCAAAUGAAAUCGUCUGGUGUGAUUCCCGAUACUUUUGUGUUGAACAUGAUCAUUAAAGCAUAUUCUAAGUGUCUUGAAGUUGAUGAAGCGAUUCGGGUUUUUCGAGAAAUGGGGUUGUAUGCUUGCCAACCGAAUUCGUAUACUUAUGGCUACAUUGCAAAAGGGUUGUGUGAGAAAGGAAGAGUUGAAGAAGGGUUGAAAUUUUACAAGGAAAUGAGAGUUAGAGGCCUGAUUCCCAGUAGCAGCACUUAUAUGAUUUUGAUUUGUAGUCUAGCAAUGGAACGCAGAUUUGAGGAAGCUAUUGAGAUUUGUUUCGAUAUGUUGUGUAAUUCUAUGGCACCGGAUUUGCUUACUUACAGAACCUUGUUAGAAGGAUUAUGUCGGGAGGGACGGGAUAGCGAAGCAUUUGAUUUACUUGAUGAGUUGAGGAAGAGGGAUAAACUGAUGAGUGAGAAAACAUUCAAGAUUCUAUUAAAUGGACUGCACACUGUUGGUAGAGAUAGUUUGUGAGGAUUGUCCACAGCAUAUUCCAUUGAAUUUCUUAGCUUGGUUCUAUGCAGGUUAACCAUUUUGGAUUAGAUCUUGAGUCAGUCUUCUGAAUGCUGGAUCGAAUUUUGUUACUGAACCUUUAAAAUUUCACUAUCUAUUUAGCUUGUUUAGAAGCGAAAUGUUGAAGAGAGCAAUUCCAUUAUUCUAGGUCAAAUGAACUAAGCACUGGUUAUUUGAUAGCUGGUGGUUUUGUAAUGGAAGCUCCACUCUGCACUUGUAAUUAUCUAUGGAGAGGUGUAAGGAUGGACGGAGCAUUAGAUCUUGAACAAUUCUCUAAAUGCUGGAAUGCAUUUUAUUACUGAACCUUGAAACUUUCAGGAUCCAUUAGCCUUGUUUAGACGCGAAAUGUGUAGAUAUUGACUUCUUGGUUCUAGGUCAAAUGGACUAUGCAUUGAAUCGACUGGUUAUGGAUGCUUGUAGAACCCUCAAGCUCUUGUAGGUGGAGGUUUGGUAAUGGAAGGCUCACACCCUAUGCUGCUGCAACUCUUGGUCGUUUGGAUUAUGUGUGCUUUCUUCUAAACUGAAUCAGUCCACAUUCGGAAUCCAAAACAAGCCACCGGGUAAGUGUUAUAGAGACAUAAAUGUUGAUUCUCUGCUCUUGUUAUUACGAACUAUUGGAUUUGAUGUAUGGUGGUGCGUCAUCUUUGGUGUUUUUCCAGCCUUAGCCACCUAUUUUUUUUUAAAUAUUAAUUGUAAUAAUGGUUAAAAUUUUAUAUUUAUUCACUUUGUUAAAAAGAAAAAGGUAAAUUUUUUUUUUUGUAAUAUUAUAUGAUCUUAUGAUAA